CACCACAGAAGGAGAAAAAAAUAAAAAAGAAAAACAGUACUUCACUUCACUCCAUUACCCUAAACCCCCAAUACCACAAUCACCAUACAUAGAUCUACUUGAUACCGUCCUCUUGAAAUUAAAACCAUCACAUAUAUAUGAUUCCACACCAUUUCUAAUCUCUCUCUCUCCUCUGUCUUCAGCUUGCAACAAUGGCUAGCCAUUCAGCUCUCGCCUCUUCCAGGAUUCCCUCAACCGCCAGUCUUCGUUCCAAGAGGCAUGAAGUUGCAGAGUUCAGCGGGCUUCGAUCGAGCUCAUCCGUGGCUUUUGCAAGCCAAACAAGAGAUCAGAUCUCCUUCUCCGAGCUAGUGGCAGCACAGUUGGCCACCAAGAUUCACGGAAGCAGAGCUGUGAGAGGGGAGACUGUGGCGAAGCUGAAGGUGGCCAUUAAUGGAUUCGGGAGAAUUGGAAGGAACUUUCUCCGAUGCUGGCAUGGAAGGAAGAACUCUCCACUUGAUGUCGUCGUUGUAAACGACAGCGGUGGUGUUAAAAAUGCUUCUCAUCUUCUAAAAUACGAUUCUAUGCUGGGGACUUUCAAAGCCGAUGUGAAGAUUGUUGAUAAUGAAACCAUUAGCGUUGAUGGAAAGCCAGUCAAGGUUGUUGCAAAUAGGGAUCCUUUGAAGCUUCCAUGGGCUGAUCUUGGCAUCGAUAUUGUCAUUGAGGGUACUGGAGUUUUUGUGGACGGCCCAGGCGCAGGAAAGCACAUACAAGCCGGUGCUAAGAAAGUCAUCAUUACGGCACCGGCCAAAGGAGCUGAUAUCCCAACCUAUGUGGUGGGCGUUAACGAAGGAGACUAUUACCAUGAGGUCUCAGACAUAGUAAGGGUUAUGAGUCAGCUUAUAUGUCCACCAAACAUAUCAUAAGAUAGCUGCAACAACAACAACAACAACAACAACAAAAA